AUGUCUUCCAACGACGACUACAGCACCCAGGGCGGCGAUAUCCCCGUGCAAGACGACAACGCCCCCGUCGAGGAGGGAGUCGAUGCCGCAACUGCUGACUCAGAUGCUCAACUCGAGCGCGACGACAACGAGGCCAUUGACAAGUCCAACAUCGUCGAGGGUCGGACCCGGGGCGCCAAGCCCGAGGCUGGCUCCUACCGCGAGCCCGGCGACAGCGAGGCACUGCCAGCUGAGUAG